AUGAGCAGCGCCGGCGGGUUAGUCGUCCGAAACCUGAUGUUGCAAGUGCAGCGCGUGGACCUGCGCAACGCCAACACCAACAGCUACGUUGCGGCCACCUUCACGUUGCCCGCCGCCAACAGGCAGCUGCCAGCAAGCUGUAUCCCGCACGCCCCACGCUCCCCGCUUGGGGCCAAUGGCAUGUAG